AUGGCAGAAGGCCAAGAAGAACCAAAAAAGAUUACAAUCACAGUAAAAACACCGAAAGAAAAACAACAAGUGGAUAUCGAGGAAGAUGCAGACAUUAAAAAACUUAAGGAAGUGUUGUCUCCAAAGUUUAACGCAGAGCCUGAACAGCUAUGUCUUAUUUUUGCUGGAAAAAUUAUGAAUGACAGUGAUACCCUGAAACAACAUAACAUCAAGGAUGGGUUGACAGUGCAUUUAGUGAUAAAAACUCCUCCAAGGCCGGAACCUGAAGGCGGUACUCGUCGGCCACCAGCUGAUAUAAGUGCUACUCCAUUUGGAUUAAAUUCUUUGGGUGGCCUCGCUGGGUUAGAGAGUUUAGGUCUAGGGCAAAGCACCUUUAUGGACUUACAGGCUCGUAUGCAGCAAGAAUUAUUGUCUAAUCCAGAAAUGCUAAGACAAGUUUUAGACAAUCCUUUGGUGCAGCAAAUGAUGAAUGAUCCUGAGAAUAUGAGAUCACUUAUUACAUCCAAUCCUCAAAUGCAAGACCUUAUGGCUCGAAAUCCAGAAAUCAGUCACAUGUUAAACAACCCGGACCUACUUCGGCAAACCAUGGAAUUGGCGCGUAACCCUGCUAUGCUGCAGGAAUUAAUGAGAUCACAUGAUAGGGCCCUUUCAAAUCUUGAAAGUAUACCAGGUGGCUACAAUGCACUACAACGAAUGUAUCGUGACAUUCAAGAACCUAUGUUAAAUGUUGCAAGUAGCAUGGCAGGAAAUCCAUUUUCUGGACUGGUUGACAAUUCGGAUGGUACCAAUCCUCAACAAGGUGCUGAGAAUCGGCAACCAUUGCCUAAUCCUUGGCAGAGAGGUGGAAGUGGUACAGGAUCUACCACACCAGGUUCUGGCACUGGCCCAGGUCUAAUUAAUACACCAGGAAUGCAGUCUCUUUUGCAACAGAUGUCUGAGAAUCCACGCCUCAUGCAAUCAAUGUUGUCUGCUCCAUACACUAACAAUAUGCUUCAAGCACUCUCCGCUGACCCAGAAAUGGCCUCUCAACUCAUUAACCAGUAA